ACUCGACCUCUGAUUGGCUCAGAGUUGACAGCAAUCAGAGAUAACUGUAAACGCAAUCAUAAGUGCAGUAAUGGAUCCCAACAUAAUCGGUUGUCUUUGGGUGCGUUUGGCCGGCGUUUCGGGCGCUCUGGCCGUCGCUCUCGGCGCGUAUGGCGCGCACGUCGUCUCCGAAAGUAAGACUCUUUCGCCGAAACUCAAAGACGUCUUCGAGAGAGCGAAUAAAUACCAUUUACUGCACUCUCUCGCGCUGCUGGCCGUUCCCCUCACGGCUCACCCCUCGCUGUCCGGAAGCCUCCUAUUGGUCGGAAUGACGGUCUUCUGCGGCACGUGUUAUGCGCACGUCUUGAGCGGCGGCAACAAAGCCGUGAUCCGAUUCACGCCAAUGGGAGGCCUCACUCUCAUCAUGGGAUGGCUUUCCAUGGCUUACGCCUAACCUCCGAGUCGUUGUCAUGACUACUAAUUUGAUUGAAUAAAGUGUUGAUUGAAAUGACGUCACAAAACAUGUGAUUCUUUGGACCAAAACAACAACAAUAGAGAGAGAGCUGACCUUCACUUCACGAGAAACCAGUUUUCAUACAAUCAGUCGUUAAUUACAUAACAUUUCCGCAAACUUUCCCUCAAUUCCCGCAAAGCCUGCGAUUCGCGGGUCAGCGGCCACUGGACGGCUGUCCACCACUGGGCCGCCCCCUCCCGCACCCUCUCGCCACUGUCCCCC